UCUCUCUCUCUCUCUCUCUCAAAGAACAAAGAAAAAAAUCCAGUCAGGUGUUGAAGGGCUGUAUCUGAAUUUCGCAAAAUAAAUUGAAUUUUUAAAAAGAAGAAAAAUGGCGACGAAUAUAGGGAUGAUGGAUGGUGCAUACUUUGUGGGGAGGAAUGAGAUCCUUGCCUGGAUUAACGCCAGGCUUCAUCUUAAUCUCUCUCGCGUUGAAGAGGCGGCAUCUGGGGCUGUUCAAUGUCAGAUGAUGGACAUGGCACAUCCGGGAGUUGUUCCCAUGCAUAAGGUUAAUUUCGAUGCCAAGACAGAAUAUGAUAUGAUUCAGAAUUACAAAAUACUUCAGGAAGUUUUCAACAAGCUCAAAAUUACCAAGCAUAUCGAGGUGAACAAACUUGUGAAGGGAAGGCCAUUGGACAACUUGGAAUUUCUGCAAUGGCUAAAACGCUAUUGUGAUUCUAUAAACGGUGGAACUAUGAAAGAGAACUAUAAUCCGACGGAGCGAAGAAAUAAAGGUGGGAAAGAAAGAAAUUCAAAGGGUUCUCAAAAGAACUUCAAGUCAUUGCAAACAAACAACUCUUUGAAUUCUGUCUCGAGCGAUGGAAUGGGUAGUAAUAAGAUAUCCGUUACUAAACAAGGGAAAGUAGGUGGUGUUGCAACUGUGGCCAAUUCUUCAGUAGAGAUUCAAGAAUUGACCGGAGAGCUUACGGAUCUAAAGCUUUCCGUUGACCUCUUGGAGAAGGAAAGAGAUUUUUACUUUGCGAAAUUGCGGGACAUUGAAAUACUUUCUCAGACUCCCGAGUUGGAAAAUUUUCCGAUGUCGAUGGCAAUUAAGAAGAUUUUGUAUGCUGGGGAAGAAAAAGAGUCUGCGCUUGCAGAAGCUCAAGAAAUUGUGGCCCAAAUAAUCAAAGUAGAGAAAACAGAAUAUUCUGAUGACGAUGAAUGCUAACUCUAAAACCCACCUCCAUAGUUCAAACCAAGACGAGGGCUACCUUAGGCAUUUUUUUACUGAAAAAUGCGGGUGAAAAUCUCCAUUAACUGUUACGUAAACGGGAAUGAAGGGUUUUUUUUAUGAGCCAUGAUCGAACUUUCUGAACUUGAACAGUGCAGCAGUAGUUUUUGUGCUGAUGCAAUUUCUAUUUGGUCUGCUAAAUUUCUUCUUUAUUGUCUUUGUUUAGGGGGCUACAUGAACACUAAUACACACUAUAUUUUUCUGUUACAUUCUUUAUA